AUGACGACAUCUUUUGCUAUCCUUUGUCUAUCAAUUGCUAUAAUUGAAUGCAUGGCAGGAAUUCUAGGAAAUGGAAUUAUCUUGGCUGCCAGUUCAUCGAGCUGCAUUGGGAGCAAAAUCUGGCUCCCAUAUGAUAUGAUCGUGAUCUCGCUGAGUUCAUCUAGAUUCAUUUUGCAGGCAUGGAUUACACUGGAUUCCUUAGUGACUAUAUUUUAUGAAAACUUCUUUUAUACAGAAAAUGUGUACCUAGUUCCCAAGACAAUUUUUACCUUUCUGAACUACUCCAGCCUCUGGUUUGGAGCCUGGCUUAGUGUCUUCUAUUGCAUCAAGGUUGCCAGUUUUACACAGUCUUUCUUCAUCUGGCUGAAGCUGAGAAUUGCCAGGCUGGUGCCCUGGAUGCUGCUCACAUCAUGGCUCUGCUCCUUCACAGCUGCAAUUUCCUUUGUCUGGGAUGACCACAGUGUGCAUGAGAACAGCACUGCUCCUUCAUCCAUGACAAACCCUUCAGCAUGGACAACCACAAGGAAAGACAGUUUGGGUUUAUUAAUCCUUAUCUGUAAUGCUGGUAUAGGUAUGCCUUUAAUACUGUCUGUUGUUUCAAGUGUACUGCUGAUUCGGUCGCUGUGGAUCCACACCAGACGCAUGCAAAAUAAUGCAAGUGGCUUCAGGGAUCCCAGCUUAGAGGCCCAUAUGAAAGCCAUCAAGUCAGUCUGUUCCUUCCUUUUCCUUUACAUUAUAUACUUUAUUUGUGUUCUUAUCAUAUUAUUUAACAUUUUUUCACGUUUAAGCAAUGGAGAAAUGAUUUGUGUGGUUUUAAUGGCUGCCUGCCCUACAGGACAUUCCUUUGUCAUAAUUUGGAGCAAUCCCAAAUUUCGAGAGCUGCCAGCUAGGAUUUGGCACCACACUAACUGCCAUGGCAGAAUUGCACCCAUGUAA